CCCGGGAAUUGAUUUUUCUUUUGUAGUUUUCCGAGAAAAUUCGUUCGGUUGGAAAUUUUCAUUUUUGUUCAUGCUGAGAGAGGGAGAAUUCGAAUUAUAUGAAUUUUGAUUGCUGGGUAUACGAAAUUAAUCGGUUUCUGGGUUGGGAAUUGAAGUUAUGAGCAACCUUCGAGCUAUUUGUAGACCACACACGGUGUUUACUUCGAUCGUGUGCUGUAGUAGACACCAAAGCCGAUCAAAUUUUAGGGUUUCGAUUGAUAGAAACGUCGGCUUUAGAACUCGGGUAUCGAAUUCGUCUCCGUCGUCGUCUUGGUUUAGGUCCAAAGAAUCGAAUUUUUGGUUUCGAUUGAAUCCGAGGAAGACUUUUGUUAGGGCAUCGAAUUGGAGCGAAGAGCAGUCUCCUUACGAUACUCUCGAGUUGGAUCGAGAUGCAGAGGAAGAGCAGAUUAAAGUGGCAUACAGACGACUAGCCAAGUUUUAUCAUCCCGAUGUUUAUGAUGGAAAAGGGACUCUUGAAGAAGGAGAAACAGCAGAAGCAAGAUUCAUCAAGAUUCAGGCUGCAUACGAGUUGCUCAUGGACUCGGAAAAGAAAAGACAAUACGAUAUGGAUAAUCGAGUGAAUCCGAUGAAGGCAUCUCAAGCUUGGAUGGACUGGUUGAUAAAAAAGCGUAAAGCAUUUGAUCAGAGAGGCGACAUGGCGGUUGCAGCUUGGGCUGAGCAACAACAGCUUGAGAUAAACCUACGUGCUCGUCGUCUGUCUCGUUCUAAAGUGGAUCCGGAAGAAGAGAGGAGGAUAUUGGAGAAGGAGAAGAAAGCAUCAAGAGACUUAUUUAACAGCACGUUAAAGCGACACACUUUGGUGUUGAAGAAAAGAGAUAUGAUGCGAAAGAAAGCAGAGGAAGAUAAGAAAAAGCUCAUCACUCAGCUAUUAGCAGCAGAAGGUCUCGAGCUUGAUACCGAAGGAGAAGAAGAAGAGGAAGAAUCAGCCAAGAAACAAGACAAGUACCAAGAACAAAACAAAGCAAAUCGGGCAAAUCUUUUAUUGAAUUAUGAGAGAAUUUCAUUUCAGUUCGGAGAUUAUAAGAACAGGGUAUAAAAGGAAACCUUGUUAUACAUAUAAAGGGUAUAAUAUGUAUUAUACAUAUAAAGGGUAUAAUAUGUAUUCAUUGAAAAUGCUACAAUUGUAUGAAUCAAGAUUAUUAUUUA